AGUUUGCUUGUGUCGUUACAGGAAGUCAGAAAAUGGCGGCGCUAGUGAGGGAUCCCUUGUGCUCAGGGUUGCGAUUUGUGACGUUGCCGGCUGAAGGCUGGUCAGUUCGGGAUUUUCUCCGCUCCUGGUGCCAGGCGCAGGGGCUUCCUGAAGAUCACUUUUAUGUAAAGUGUAAUGGUCGAUGUAUUACUUCUGAAGGUGCACUACAAGAUGAAGCUGUUUACAGCGUGGAACCAAGAUUAUGUGGCGGAAAAGGAGGUUUUGGAUCUAUGCUCCGAGCGCUUGGUGCUCAAAUUGAGAAGACAACAAACCGAGAAGCUUGCAGAGAUCUCAGUGGAAGGAGACUCCGAGAUGUUAACCAUGAAAAAGCGAUGGCUGAGUGGGUGAAGCAACAAGCAGAACGGGAAGCAGACAAGGAACAAAGGCGUUUAGAAAGGCUGAAGCGCAAAUUGGCUGAACCAAAGCACCUUUUCACUAACCCAGAUUACCAGCAGCAGUGCCAUGAAAUGGCAGAGAGGCUUGAGGAUUCUGUCCUGAAAGGUAUGCAGGCUUCUUCCAGCACAAUGGUGUCCCCAGAAAGCAGUGAGAGUCGGAAACGGACCACUGACUCUGGAAAAGGAGCACCGUCAGAGAAGAAAAGGUGUUUCUGGUUAGGUAUAGAGGGGUUGGAUGAUCGCGACAGUUCAGAGGAUAAUAGUGAUGAAGAAGAAGAUGAAUCUCCUAGUAUGUCAGGAAGAUGCUCCACAUCAUCUGGCAGCCACAUCAACAUGACUGACAAUUUAAACGAGUUUCCCAAGAAUUCAGAGGACUCUGUAAGCAGCAGUUCGGGCUCUGAUGAGAAGUCAGAAGAUCAGACAAAGAAUGCUAAAAAAGAUCUACUAGCAGAUGUCGCUUUCAAUAAAAUUGUAGCCAGUGAGAAACAUAAAACAGCAGAGAUUGUGAAGGAAGAAAAGCAUACAAAUGCCUCAAGUACUGAAGAAGCUGCGAGUCAGUUUCAGCAUGCAGGUACUACAAGAAUCAAUCUGCUGGAAUUCAAUUCUGUUGUGGAACUGGAAGCCUUAGGGCUAGACAAACUAAAGUAUGAGCUGUUGGCUUUGGGACUAAAAUGUGGAGGUACCUUACAGGAAAGAGCAGAACGACUUUUUUCAGUGAGGGGUCUGUCUAGAGAUCAGAUUGAUCCCGCUUUGUUUGUUAAGCCUUCCAAAGGGAAGAAGAAAUAAAAAUGUUGGUAUGGUUUGUUUUUAUACUUCAAGCUUUUCAAUAUUCUUCCUAUUCUGCUGUUUUGUAUAAUAUCAUCUUUCAAAAGUCAAUAUAAAUUUGUAUACCCUUUAAGAAUAAUUUUUGUGAUGAUGGUUAAAAGUACUUGUUGGUGGACAUCUUUGUUUUUUUUAAUUUGUUCGUGUUUAGUAGAAGACUAGUAUAUUUUACAUUCAAGUUUAAGUGACAAACAAAACCGUGUACAUUUGUGGAAAAAGUCAAGAGAUUUUAUGAACAUUUUUGCAAGGGUUUAUACAAAAAUUAAGAAUUGCAAUAUUCUAAUAUGAAUAACUAAUCAAAAUCAAACAUAUGGAUACUCGGUUGAAUAUUUUCUAAUCAAUACUUAACUCUGUAAUUGUGCAGCAAGAAUUCAGAUGGACAAGGAAGAGUUGUGGCUACCAGUCUGGGCAAUUGCCCAUUGGGCAGCUUCUAUAGUAACAGCAUUCAGACUUCGGAAGCAAACAUUGUUUGGGCCUUUUUAAACAGUCAAAACUGGAUGGUUUUUUAAUAAACUACAUUGGAAUUAUAUACAGGAUUUCCUUUUUUGUGAAGUAUUAAUUGGUCGUAUCAAAGACUGGGCACUGAUUACUAUUUGAAUUAUCCAAGGGCUGAUUUGCUCACAGUCAUAUAAAUGUGGAUUGAACUAGGGUAAAAAUACAUAAACAA